AAAAUGUCUUGAAGUCCAUAGCUCUCGCAAGAUUAAUUCUGAUGUCUAAAUUAUGCUAUUCUCAUCUAAGUUAUCCGUUUUACUGUUAGGCACUCGUUUGGACACACGUCUCACCAAGGAGGGACGACAACAUGGCAGCCUCCUUGCAUCUGGGUCGUCAAGGAAUUUUAUUUGGCCUUAGAUGUUCUAAUUUUAGUAAAUGUUUAUGGGCCACAAAUACAUGGCAGGAGCAUGUCAGACACGUCUUUCGGUCACCAUGGUUCCUCGGUGUCACUCCACUCAAAGUGCAAAUGCCCGCUCUUUCCCCUACCAUGGAGGUGGGAAACAUAGUCAAAUGGCUGAAGAAGGAAGGUGAGGCGGUGUCAGCAGGCGAUGCCCUUUGCGAGAUUGAGACUGACAAAGCUGUUGUCACCAUGGAAUCGAGUGAUGAUGGUAUCUUGGCAAAGAUCUUGAUGGAGGAGGGCAGUCAUAAUGUGCGCCUGGGCACUCCCAUUGCCCUCAUGGUAGAGGAGGGGCAGGACUGGAAGCAGGUUGAGAUCCCCCCGCCAGAUGCUGCACCUCCAACUGUUACACAGGUGGCGGCUGCUCCAGUUGCGCACUCUGCUGCUCCCUCUUCACCUCCUCCACCAAAACCACACACAUCAGGACUGUUACGUCUGAGUCCAGCAGCAAGACACAUCCUGGACACCCAUGGUGUAGACCCAAAACUAGCCACACCCACUGGCCCAAGAGGACUUAUUACCAAGGAAGAUGCAUUGAGACUUUUGAAGACAUCUCCUGCACCUAAAGCGAUCCCAGCCAUGGCUGCUCCAGCUGCCCCUAGUCCUGCCCCCACCCUCGCAGCUACACCUCCACCCCCAGGAGGCAGACCCAACGUACCUCCUCUCUCUGUACCAGGAAAACCACGAGUAUUGGGCACUUUCACAGAGAUCCCAGCCUCAAAUGUCCGCCAUGUCAUUGCUCAAAGACUAACACAAUCGAAGACCACCAUCCCCCAUGCGUAUGCCUCUGUCGACUGUGACAUGGCUGCCAUCAUGCAGCUCUGCAAAGAUUUAGCCAAAGAGCAGAUUAAAGUGUCUAUUAAUGACUUCAUUAUCAAGGCUGCUGCUGUUACACUUAAAGAAAUGCCAGAAGUGAAUGUGACCUGGGCUGAUGAUGGACCUUGUGCACUCCAUUCAAUCCACAUUGCAAUUGCAGUAGCGACGGAUAAAGGCCUCAUUACUCCUGUCAUCAAGGAUGCUGCUAACAAAGGACUCAAGGAGAUCUCAGCUAAUGCUAAGGCAUUGGCCCAAAAGGCUCGAGAAGGGAAACUUCUACCUGAAGAGUACCAGGGAGGUUCAUUCAGUAUAUCUAACCUAGGGAUGUUCGGUAUCACUGGCUUCAGCGCUGUGAUCAACCCUCCUCAGGCAUGUAUCCUUGCCGUCGGGACCUCCAGGGCUGAGCUGCGAUUGUGCGAGGAUGACCAAGCCCUGCGCACUCAGCAGCUGAUGACAGUCACUCUGUCCAGCGAUGGCCGGCUCGUUGAUGAUGAAUUAGCAUCGCGGUUUCUUGAUAAAUUCCGCACCAACUUAGAACAACCGCAUCGCAUGGCCCUAGCUUGAAAAACAAGAAAAAUAGGUGAAUGAAAGGGAUUGCAAAGUGAAAGCAGAAAAUACCUGCUUGACAGUGCCUGUCUCAUGCUUUCACAAACAGAGAGAGAGUAGAUAUCAGUUUGUGCUUGGAUUAAUACUGACAAAGUAGGCUUGUGCAUAGUGUAAACUUGAGGUUGUGGCUUGCUUCUUACAGAUAAUCACCAGGCUUUAUGAUGGAGGCAUUAAAGUGGGAUUUUCUGCUAGAGUGGCAGAGGACUUUGGUGAUGCCAAGGCAGAGAAUGCAUUAUGCAUUGCAGGGUACAUGUAGUGCAAU